AUGUCGAAGACGCUGCGGAAGAAGCGGCACUGGCUGAGCAAGGUGCAGGAGUGCGCCGUGUCCUGGGGGCCGCCGCAGCCCGGCGGGGCGCCCGACCCCGACCUGCUGCGGGGCGGCGCCGAGCUCGGCGAGUUCCCUUACCUGGGGGGCCGCCUGCUGCUGGGGGAGCUCGGCGGGCCCGGCCCGGUGCUGCUCUCCGGCAAGCCCCCUAGCCCCGGGGACGUGCUGCUGGAGGUGAACGGCACCCCCGUGAGCGGCCUCACCCACCGCGACACCCUGGCCGUCAUCCGCCACUUCAGGGAGCCCGUGCGCCUCAAGACCGUGCGCCCAGGAAAAGUGAUCAACAAAGACUUGCGUCACUACCUGAGCCUGCAGUUCCAGAAAGGCUCAAUAGACCAUAAACUCCAACAGGUGAUCAGAGACAAUCUUUACCUGAGAACCAUCCCAUGCACUACAAGGGCUCCCAGAGAUGGGGAGGUCCCAGGGGUGGACUAUAAUUUCAUUCCUGUUGAACAGUUUAAAGCAUUGGAAGAAAGUGGAGCCUUGCUAGAAAGUGGAACAUAUGAUGGUAAUUUCUAUGGUACACCAAAGCCUCCAGCAGAGCCCAGUCCCUUUCAGCCAGACCCAGUGGAUCAAGUUCUUUUUGACAAUGAUUUUGAUGCAGAAUCCCAGAGAAAAAGAACCACGUCGGUCAGCAAGAUGCAAAGAAUGGAUAGCUCUCUCCCUGAGGAGGAAGAGGAGGAAGAAAAGGAAGCAGUUAAUGGCAGUGGAGGUGCAGAAAACCGAGAGAGACAUUCAGAUUCUUCUGACUGGAUGAAGCCUGUUCCUAGUUACAACCAGACAAGCAGCUCCAUGGAUUUCAGAAAUUACUUGUCAAGGGAUGAGAGCCUAGAGCCUCUACCCAAGAACUGGGAGAUGGCCUACACAGACACAGGCAUGGUCUACUUCAUAGAUCACAACACCAAGACAACCACUUGGCUUGAUCCUCGGCUCUGUAAGAAAGCCAAAGCUCCUGAAGACUGUGAGGAUGGAGAACUUCCUUAUGGCUGGGAGAAAAUAGAAGACCCUCAAUAUGGAACAUACUACGUCGAUCACAUUAACCAGAAAACCCAGUUUGAAAACCCAGUAUUGGAAGCCAAGAGAAAAAAACAGCUAGGACAGACUGAUGUUGGCCCUUCAAAACCAGAACCAGAGAAGUCACUCUUCACCAGAGAUCCAGCCCAACUUACAGGAGCCCUUAUACGGACAUCAUUGAAGAAAAGCACUAUGGGAUUUGGUUUCACAAUCAUUGGUGGAGACAGACCUGAUGAGUUCCUCCAGGUGAAGAAUGUGCUGAAAGAUGGACCUGCUGCGCAGGAUGGGAAAAUUGCGCCAGGUGACGUCAUUGUAGACAUAAAUGGCAGCUGUGUCCUUGGCCAUACCCAUGCAGAUGUUGUUCAGAUGUUUCAGCUAGUUCCUGUCAACCAGUAUGUGAAUAUGACUUUGUGUCGCGGUUACCCGCUUCCUGAUGACAACGAAGAUCCUGCUGUAGACAUCGUUCCAGCUACACCCAUCAUCAAUGGCCAGCCAAUGACCAAGGGAGAUAUCUGCAUAACCAGCCAAGAUUUAAUACCUGGAACAGUCAUUUUAGACCAAAAUGGGAAACCGGGUCACAUUUUGGUCAAUGGUCGCCUGAACAGCCCUUCUAUGGACCCAAAUGAACAGAGGAUCUCCGUAUCCUCUCCAGGAGGCUCCCAGCCAGAACUAAUCACUAUUCCUCUGGUCAAGGGCCCUAAAGGAUUUGGGUUUGCAAUCGCAGACAGCCCUACAGGGCAGAAAGUGAAGAUGAUUUUAGACAGCCAGUGGUGCCACGGCCUUCAGAAGGGAGAUGUAAUCCAAGAGAUUUACCAUCAGAACGUACAAAACUUGACACAUCUGCAGGUGGUGGAGGUGCUGAAGCAGUUUCCAGUGGGAGCCGAGGUCCCACUGCUUAUCUUAAGGGGAGGUCCCCCCUCACCUGCUAAAACUGCCAAAGUGAAAGCAGAUAAGCAGGAGAAUUCAGGAAGCUUAGAGGCGAUCAGUGAUUCCAUUCCACAGCCUAUGCCAUUCCCACCUGCUGCUGUGAGGUCAGGUUCUCCAAAACUAGACCCUUCAGAAGUCUAUCUGAAGUCUAAGACAAUAUUUGAAGACAAGCCUCCAAACACAAAGGAUUUGGAUGUUUUCCUGCGAAAACAGGAGUCUGGGUUUGGCUUCCGCGUGCUCGGAGGGGAUGGACCAGACCAGUCAAUCUAUAUUGGGGCCAUCAUCCCACUGGGAGCAGCAGAGAAAGACGGCCGACUCCGAGCUGCUGAUGAGCUGAUGUGCAUUGACGGAAUCUCUAUCAAAGGGAAAUCCCACAAACAGGUCCUGGACUUGAUGACCGGUGCUGCGCGGAAUGGCCAGGUGCUGCUCACUGUCCGGAGGAAGAUCUUCUUUGGCGUCGAGAAACAGCCAGAAGAGGAGGAGUCGCAGCUGCCCAUUUCCACUCAAAAUGGAUCUCCCCGGCUGAACCAGGUAGAGGUCACAAGCAGACAGCCCCCAGAAGCCUAUGAUGUCCUGCUACAGCGGAAAGAGAAUGAAGGAUUUGGCUUUGUCAUCCUCACCUCAAAAAACAAACCUCCUCCUGGCGUGAUUCCCCACAAGAUCGGGCGUGUUAUUGAAGGGAGCCCAGCCGAUCAAUGUGGGAAGCUGAAAGUGGGAGACCGUAUCUCAGCCGUGAAUGGGCAGUCAAUCAUAGAGCUGUCCCAUGACAGUAUAGUGCAGCUGAUUAAAGAUGCAGGCCACGUGGUCACCCUGACUGUCGUUGCUGAGGAAGAGCACCAUGGCCCCCCUUCAGGAACCAACUCUGCCAAACAAAGUCCAGCCCCGCAGCACAGACCUAUGGGAACAACACAAGCCAACUCUGCAACAGCAGACAGGGGAGUCACAGAAGAUGAAGCUGGAAGAGAACUUUCCAACAGUUACAGGCUUCCCUGGCCUGAGCACAAGCACUUGCCCCAGCCCGAUGGCGGCGUUCUCUCCAUUGUAGGCAGCCGUCAUUCUCAGAGUCUUGGCUGUUCUCCAGUAGAACUGGAACGAGGCCCUCGGGGUUUUGGAUUCAGUCUUCGCGGAGGAAAGGAGUACAACAUGGGCUUAUUCAUCCUUCGACUUGCUGAGGAUGGGCCUGCCAUCAAGGAUGGAAGAAUUCACGUUGGUGACCAGAUUGUUGAAAUCAAUGGCGAACCUACCCAAGGUAUCACUCAUACACGAGCCAUUGAGCUGAUUCAAGCAGGAGGAAAUAAAGUUGUUCUUCUUCUGAGACCAGGGACUGGCUUGAUACCAGAUCAUGGUGAUCAAGAUAGUUUUAAUCCAUCAUCCUCAAAUAUAAUAUAUGAUGAACAGUCACCAUUACCCCCCUCUGCAGUAUGUGAUUUACCAGUACUGGAAGAAGCUUUAGCGAAUGUUCACAUAUCUGAGAAACUGGAAGAAGCUAAGAACACUGUGCCUGAAAAGAAAAGCACUUUAACUGAAAACCAGUCUGAGCUGAAGCAUCUGUCUUCUACCCAGAAGCAUAUGAAGAGAUGGGACCAGCCUACCAGUUUAGGGUAUAAGCGGUCAAAAAAAUUAGAAUUAGUAACUGAUGACCUCAUUAGGAGAGACCGAUCUGAGAGUCCAAAAAGAUUGGGCACAUCUGGGGAAUCGCAGCAAGCGGGGCUCCACAGUCCAAGGAAAGGUGAGAGACAAAACACACACAGCAAUCUCUCAGACCAGUCUGAGCAUCCCAGGAGUGGUAAUACACACACAGAAAUCAAUUUAAAAGAAACUUCCAGAGGAAGCCAAGGCAGAUCUGCCAGUCCCCAAAAGCAUCCCAAAAAGGAAGAAAGUGGGGACAAAUCAGACAAGUUACUAGAGACUCAAGAUAAAAUAGCUGGUGGUGGUGAUAUUGAGAUUAUUGAGCGGUUCAAAGAUGGAAAUGAAAAAUCAGGAGUAACACAGGAAGACACAAAGCAGAACAUUGCUGGAAAGAAUAAGAAGUGGUCUCAAGAGAGAAAAAACCCAAAAGCAGAUGAAAAGACGCUUCCAUUAAAUAAGGCCAAUGAGCCUAGGAGAAAAGUAGAUGAAGAUGAAAAAGUAAAGAAAGCCAGUGCUGGAGAGCCAGGUUCUAGCAACUUCAAAACUACAAGUCUUUCUGAUGUUUCACAGCUUUCCAAGGGAAAAAAAAGUAGGCUCGAAACACAAGAUCCAGUUAUUCUGAACAAAGACCACACAGAAAAAGACUUGGAGCCAACUGAUGAAACCAAAGAUGAUGGAAUUUCAAAAACUGAAUGCAGCUCUCCAGUCAAGAAAGCACCAAUAACUCCUGGACCUUGGAAGGUACCAAGUGCAAGUAAAGUCACAAAAGCAACAGGUGUCACUGAAAAACGGGUCUGA